AUUAAGUACUUCAUAAAAUUUUAUCUUGUGUUCAAUAUUUUAGGUUGCGUGAUUGUGGUCUAACAGAGGAAAGCUGUUCAGCUCUCACUACAGUCCUGAGAUCAAACCCCAGUCUGAAAGAGCUUGACAUGAGCAGCAAUAAUCUGCAAGAUUCAGGAGUGAUGAAACUGAAGAAAGCAUUAGAAAAUACAAACUGCACACUGGAGAAACUCAGACUUUCAGACUGCAGUAUCACUGAAGAAGGUUAUAAAGCUCUGGCUUCAGCUCUGAGAUCAAACCCUUCACACCUGAUAGAGCUGGAUCUCACAGGAAAUGAUCCUGGACAAUCAGGAGUGAAGGAGCUUAAUAGUUUACUACAGGAUAAGCGCUGUAAAUUAAAAGACAUCGGAUUUUUGAAAAGUCCUGCUGCACAGGAAGCAUGUGAUCAUCUCACUAAAAUUUUGGCUACAAGUCCAUUACUACUGAAAGAACUGGAUCUGAGUGAAAAUAAAUUAGGAGACCUGGAUUGGGAAAAACUAUCUGCUCUUUUGAUGGACUCUCAUAGCAAGGUGGAAAUAAUGAAGUUGAAUAAUUGUAAGCUGACAGAGAAAAGCUGCCAAGUUCUAGCUACUGUUCUCUCCUCCAAACCCAUCCUGAAAGAGAUGAACCUGAACAACAGUCGUCUGCUGAACUCAGGAGUCAAACAGAUCUGUGAGGGACUGAAGAAUCCUGUGUGUGAGCUGAAGAUACUCAAGCUCAGUAACUGUGAUUUAACUGAGGAAGACUGUUCAGCUCUCACUUCAGUUCUCAGUUCAGACUCCAGCAGUCUGAAGGAUCUUGACCUGAGCAAUAAUAAUCUGAAGGAUUCAGUGAAUCUGCUGUCUAAUGCACUGAAAGAGAACUGCAAACUAGAGAAACUUAGAGUUUCAGACUGCAGUAUCACUGAAGAAGGUUAUAAAGCUCUGGCUUCAGCUCUGAGAUCAAACCCUUCCCACCUGAUAGAGCUGGAUCUCACAGGAAAUGAUCCUGGACAAUCAGGAGUGAAGGAGCUUGAUGAUUUACUACAGGAUGGACCCUUUACAAAAACGAGAAUCAGGUUUUUGAAAAGUCCUGCUGCACAGGAAGCAUGUGAGUACCUCACUAAAGUUUUGGGAACAAGUCCAUUACUUCUGACAGAACUGGAUCUGAGUAGAGAUAAAUUAGGAGACCUGGAUUGGGAGAAGCUCUCUGCUCUUUUGAUGGACUCUCAUAGCAAACUGGAGAAAAUUAAGCUAAAUAAUUGUAAGCUGACAGAGAAAAGCUGUUCAGUUCUAGCUACUGUUCUCUCCUCCAAAACCAUCCAAGACAUGGACCUGAACAACAGUCGUCUGCUGGACUCAGGAGUCAAAGAGAUCUGUGAGGGACUGAAGAAUCCUGUGUGUGAGCUGAAGAUACUCAAACUUUCAAACUGCAGUAUCACUGAAGAAGGUUAUAAAGCUCUGGCUUCAGCUCUGAGUUCAAACCCUUCACACCUGAUAGAGCUGGAUCUCACAGGAAAUGAUCCUGGACAAUCAGGAGUGAAGCAGCUCAAUGAUUUACUACAGGAUAAAAACUGUAACCUAAAACUGAGGUUUUUACAAAGUGCUGCAGAAGAAGCUUAUAAAUAUCUGACUGAAGUUUUUGAUAAAAACCCAUUACUCCUGAGAAAUCUGGAUCUGAGUGAACAUAAACUAGGAGACACACGAAUGAAUCAGAUCGCUGCUCUACUGCAGGAUAAACACUGUCAACUCAACACACUGACGCUGCAUGAUUGUGAUCUAUCAGAGGAAAGCUGUUCAGCUCUCGCUACAGUCCUGAUAUCAAACCCCAGUCUGAAAGAGCUUGACAUAAGCAACAAUAAUCUGCAGGAUUCAGGAGUGAAGAAAAUCCAGAAAGGAUUAGAAAAUACAAACUGCACCUUGGAAAAACUCAGACUUUCAGACUGCAGUAUCACUGAAGAAGGUUAUAAAGCUCUGGCUUCAGCUCUGAGAUCAAACCCUUCACAUCUGAUAGAGCUGGAUCUCACAGGAAAUGAUCCUGGACAAUCAGGAGUGAAGCAGCUCAAUGAUUUACUACAAAAUCCAAUUUGUCAACUGAAACUGAGGUUUUUGGGUCCUGCUGCAGAUGAAGCCUGUCAGUAUGUGGCUGGAAUUGUGGGUAAAAAUCCGUUACUCCUGAGAGAACUGAAUCUGAGUGAAUGUAAACUACAAGACACCCAAGUGAAUCAGAUCGCUGCUCUACUGCAGGAUAAACACUGUCAACUCAACACACUGAUUCUGAAUAACAGCGAUAUCACAGAAGAAGAUUGUCGUGUUCUGACUGCAGCUUUAAAUUUAAACCCUUCACAUCUGACAGAGCUGAAUCUGAGUGGGACAAAACUCAGAAACUCAGGAAUGGAGAUUGUCUCAACUUUGUUUAAGAAUGAACAGUGUAAACUGAAAAGGCUGAA